AUGAUCAGCUUUCUACCACUGCUCCUGGCUGCGUAUGCUGGGGCAGUCGCUGCUCCAGCGUCGCUUUUGGAAACACGCGCCUCUGUCUCCGUCUCCAAGAACUUGACCAUGGUCACCAUCCCCAUCCGCUUUGCCAACCAAACUGCCAGUAUUCUCAUCAACGCCGGAACCCCACCACAAGGCAUCUCGGUCGAGCUCUCCCUCAAGGCGGGCCAAUUGCAGCUCGGGGGGUUCAAGCCCCAGGACAGCGGCAGUUUCCAGGACAGCCCGCCCCGCGACAAGGUCGAGAUCGGCAAUGUGAUUCUCGACAACUGGGAGUUUGGCUUCGGCGCAAACGACGCGGGUCUUGGCGGUACCCUUCCCCUUGGCAUCACCACGCCCAGCAGCGGCAACAUCAGCACCGAUCUUCCCUGGGCGCUGGCCAGCACCAUCCCCGAAAAAACCUUGUCGCUGUCCAUUGGGCUCAACGACAGCGCUCUGAUCUUUGGCUCCCAGCCCAACCUCUCCAGCUGGUGGAACCCGACCGAGGACUCGAUGGGUGCAUGGACCCUAAUCAUCAAUGGUGUGGCCGUCAACGGCGAGAUGGUGGUGAUCGAUGAGGAGCCCGCACCCGUCGUGCAGACGUUGGGCAUGAAUGACAGUGCGUCGGCCUCCUCUUCGACAUCUGGUAGCCCGCCUGGCGAGGUUCCCCCGGCAAGCCCGACUGACCAGCCCGCCAAGCGCCAGGCGACUCCUGCCGCCGAUCCAGCGACGCCAACGCCACUCUCGAUAAGUCCUGACACACCCACUUCCUCCUCGAAUCCCAUUCCUUCUACCGGCCCCGACGGCCAGCCGUGUAACGUGGCAUGUACGCUCGAGUUCCAGAUGUGCAUGUGCGCCGAGGGUGAGAUGUGCGUGCGCCAUCAAGCCUCGUGCGGCACUUGCCCGUUCCUCGAAUGUGUGCGCAACGGAACGUCCAGCGGGACCGAGAACUGUAUUGCCUGCCCCGCCAUAUACCGCCUGUGCGACUGCGGGCCGAAUGAAGACUGCGUGCGAACUCUGGCGACGUGCAAGUCGUGCGAGACGGUCGAAUGCCGGAAGCGUGGAAGCGUGACUCCUGCCAACCCGCAGUGGGAGGAGCCGGCAGUGCCGACGCUGACAACGACUGAGCCGGGCACCCAGCCCAGCAGCCCGUCCGGGUCCGGUACAUCCCCGUCUGGCACCGUCCCAGCCGGACCCAAGCCGUCCAACUGCACCAACCCAGUCAUGUGCCCCGCCAUCUACCAGCUGUGUAGUUGCCACGCGGACGAGACGUGUGUGCGCCAGACGCGUUGCGAUCGGUGCGAGUGGCUCGAGUGUCACAAGCAGGUGAAACCGUUCAAUGACAACGGACAGUGUGUCCAGUGCGAGGACGUCGAGCCCGAGUGCAACUGUCCGCCGGGCGCGACUUGUGUGCGCGGGCCGCGCUCCUGCACCGACUGUGGGAGCAUUACCUGCCGCAACAACACCGAGCCUUCCAUGCGUUUCGCUCUCAGUCUUGACGACGAGAUUGCAAUGUCGCCGCAAGUCGCGAACGGGCUGCAGAAGCUCAUCCCCGGCAUGGUGGCAGUCAGCGCUGGGCCUGACAAGCGCGCUCCAACCGUCUCAACCACGGCUACUGCAGUCUCGGCCAGCUCAUCUAACACCACGAACAAUACCUCAGUGUCGGCGACCCCACCUCCCCGUCCUGGUGGCAAGACUUACUACUCCGUACCCUGUGACACGACUGCCGACAUUACGCUUGUCUUCCCCGGCGAAAACUACACGCUCGCGGCCAAGGACUGGGUCAUUCCCGUGGCCAAUGGGUGCCAAGCCGUGCUCGUGAUGCAGGACACGUUCUCCUACGACAUGGUCCUCGGUCGUCCCUUCCUCCGCACUUUCCGAGCAGCAUUCCGCCUCAACGACACCGCUCAGGUCGCGUUCAGUCCCCACAAUGGCUCGACAUUGGGGUUGGGCUCCGUCCAGGGCACCUCGGGAGCUGGCGCACUAGGCGCGAGUGUCACAGGGGUUCUUGUCGUUCUGGCCACUGUGUGUAUGCUCUAG